CUCUUCAAACCCUAGAUCUGGGGUAUUGUUUUAUCUUCUCCCUCUCUAUUCCCCCCCCCCCCGCCUCCGUUUUCAAAUUUUUCAUUUUUUCCCCUGUUUUAGUGUUUUUCGACUUAUCAAAACCGCAAGUGCAAAAAAGAAAAUCUCAUCUUUUCUCGAAUCUCAGAGAAUGGGGGAGAUAAAGGACAACGACGCCUACGAGGAAGAGCUUCUCGACUACGAAGAAGAAGAUGAAAAAGCCCCUGACUCUGCCUCCACUAAGGCUGCUGAUUCUGCUAAGAAGGGGUAUGUUGGAAUUCACAGUUCGGGAUUCAGAGACUUUCUGCUGAAACCGGAGCUGCUUCGAUCUAUUGUGGAUUCUGGUUUUGAACAUCCUUCCGAAGUGCAACACGAGUGCAUCCCUCAAGCUAUUCUGGGAAUGGAUGUGCUUUGCCAAGCAAAAUCUGGAAUGGGGAAAACAGCUGUUUUUGUUCUAUCAACUCUUCAGCAAAUUGAGCCUGUUGCUGGGCAAGUUGCUGCACUUGUUCUAUGUCACACUAGAGAAUUAGCAUACCAGAUUUGCCAUGAGUUUGAGAGGUUCAGUACUUAUCUACCAGAUAUUAAAGUUGCUGUCUUCUAUGGUGGUGUCAAUAUUAAGGUUCACAAGGAUUUACUAAAGAACGAAUGUCCUCAUAUUGUUGUUGGGACACCUGGAAGGAUAUUGGCUCUUACCAGGGAUAAAGAUCUUAGUUUGAAGAAUGUUAGGCAUUUUAUACUCGAUGAAUGUGACAAGAUGCUUGAGUCACUUGACAUGAGGAGAGAUGUGCAAGAGAUCUUCAAGAUGACUCCACAUGAUAAGCAAGUUAUGAUGUUUUCAGCUACACUAAGCAAGGAAAUUCGACCUGUGUGCAAGAAAUUUAUGCAAGAUCCCAUGGAAAUUUAUGUUGAUGAUGAAGCCAAGUUGACUCUUCAUGGUCUGGUACAGCAUUACAUUAAAUUGAGUGAGCUAGAGAAAAAUCGCAAGUUGAAUGACCUUCUUGAUGCCUUGGAUUUCAACCAAGUAGUCAUUUUUGUCAAAAGUGUGAACAGAGCAGCUGAGCUCAACAAGUUACUUGUGGAGUGCAAUUUCCCCUCCAUCUGCAUCCACUCUGGAAUGUCCCAGGAAGAAAGGUUGACACGAUACAAGAAUUUCAAGGAAGGGCAUAAAAGAAUUCUUGUGGCCACAGAUUUAGUUGGAAGGGGAAUUGACAUCGAGCGUGUUAACAUUGUAAUCAACUACGACAUGCCUGAUUCUGCUGAUACCUACUUGCAUAGGGUGGGUAGAGCCGGUAGGUUCGGCACCAAGGGACUUGCAAUUACAUUUGUCUCAUCAACAUCAGACUCUGAUGUCCUUAAUCAGGUUCAGGAAAGGUUUGAGGUGGAUAUAAAGGAGCUUCCUGAGCAAAUUGAUACUUCGACAUACAUGCCAUCAUGAUAGAAGUUGUUGCUGCUAGACAUCCAAGCACCUUUUUGGCUGGCUGAUUUCGAUUCGGAGAUGAAAGGGCUUUGCCAGAACUGAGAAUUGUUGUAUACUAUAGGGUGUUUUUAUAAAGUCUUGAUGUUAAUAGGUGAGAAACAUCUGCUCAAAUUAUCAUUUUUGUUCUACGUACUACUGAUUAUUUUAAUUGUUGCAAUUAAGACUGAAUCUGUAGUGUACUUGGUGGAUUGAAAUUGGAUUGGGGUUACUCUCCUAAUUUUGGGAUUUUUCUUAUCAAUGGGUACUGUUGGUUCCAGGUUGA